AUGCCGCGCAACGACGAUGCAGACAUCGAUGCUCUGCCUAACGAGCCGCCGCCGCCGUAUGAGCAGUUAGAUGCCGCUUCAAAUGUGCCGAGCACUGCCACUUCGUCUACUGCAACAGCAGCGAGCCAUGCGCAAAGCUUGAGCACUGGUACAGGCACUAAUGCGAACGUCGAUACACCUUCGGUCAGCAAUGCACGAAACAAUCCCUUCCUGGCACCUGAAGAACAAACCACGGGAUCAAGUGUAACUGAUGCAGCAGCCACGCCUCCGCUUCUAGCCGCAAGUACCAAUCCUUUUUCAAGUACAAUCUCACCACAACCGACGGGUGCAUCGACGGCAUCAACCGUCACGCAUGCCGUACCUGCUUCGACAAGCCAACCACCUAGUCUUCCACCACGGACCUACACGGCGCCUCAGAGUCCCACACCGUCCCAGUCAGGAGCAAAUCGUGCUAGCCUAGAAUCGCGCCACUCACGAUUGUCGUCUAUAACAUCGCCAGUCUCACCCUCACCCUCGUCCGCCUCUGCACCCGCAUAUGCGCCGCCAUCUGGACCUCCACCUUCGUCGCCUGCUACCUCUUCUUAUACGGCAAGCCGUCCGAGUCAGCGACCUAACGACUCGUAUCGACCCACCACCGUCCCUACGCCCGGCCAGCCACUGUUGCGAAAAGGCAAGCUGCUCGUCUAUCCUCGCGACUGGCGCGGAUGUCCAAAAUGCAACGAUACCGGUUACAAGCACGGUGAUCCGAACAACCCGCACAAGAGCUGCUGGGAUAAGUACGGAAAACCGUACACGCCCGCUAUGAGCUAUUCGGUGGGACUGAAUGGAGCGACAACUCACUUGCAGAAGCCGUUACCUGUGUUGAGCGGCCCACCGGUGAUGGGAGGAGGAGGUCGGCCUAGUCACGGAUACAUUCCAGGAGGGUAUCCUGGUGCUAGCACUGGAGGAUUUGUCGGGGCUGUUCCGGGAGCUCAGGUCUAUGGAGGAUAUCCGGCACACGCGCCACAAGCACACGCACCACCACCGACACCACCACCUUCAGCAAUAUCAGCUUUGGCUCGACCAGCUGCAACUCCGACCACGCCAACUGUGGACGCCGAGACCGAAGGAGCACGAAUGUCGGACGUGCCACCCAACUAUCAAGAUGCGAGCAACGUGCAUUCCAACGAGCGGUUACCGUCGCAGUACGUGCCUCCGCCUGUACCGCCUCCUGGGCACGCUUCAGCGCCACUGCCACCGUCGAAUCAUGCACCGCUCUCCCCCACGCCCGCCCCGGGACCGUACGGCGGCUACGCACCACCACCACCACCAGGCGCAUUUGUCGGCGGCUUCAGCCCUCACCCCGGCACCCCAAACCCGUACGUCUCGAUCCAACCCCCGCACGUCCAACAAGCGUGGUACGGCACAUACGCACGUCCUCCACCCCCUAACGCGCUCGUCGUCAUGCCUGGCGAUCCCAGAAUCGGCGGAAGACUCUGCUACGAGUGUGGCGGAAGAGGCAUCAUCGAAAGCUUCUGGUUGGGCGACGAAACGUGUUUCCGUUGCUCUGGGUCUGGUCGCAUCUUCCGAUGA